AUGGUCGCCGCCCCUCCCGCUACUCCCCAGCAGCAGCCGCAGGGUGGCGGGCGGCGCAGCAACUACCGCGGUGGCGGGCACAAGCAGCAGCGGCGGGCCAACGGGGGGGGGGCUUGUCAGCAGCACCAGCCCUCCCUGUCGUGGACCUACGGAACCAACCCUUGGACGGGUGUCAUCCAUGCGUACUCGAUGCCGGUUCCCCGGCCUCCAGCCCCGUGCAUCCUUGGGCCCCGUCCGGCGAGCCACCAGGCGUACCUCACCGCUCCCGGCACCGCGCCCUAUGCCGCCCCUACCCUCCCUGCAUCGCCGGCCAUGGGCGGCUACGACGCCACUCCCGCGCCACCUUACGGCGGGUUCUACCCGCCCCAGGUGCCGCCACCGUGGGAUCCCGCCCUCCUCGCCGCCUUGCACUCGGCUCCGUCACCUAGCAACUAUGGUGGCGGCGGGGACUGGUACAUGGACUUGGGCGCCACCGCUCAUAUGAAAUCUCAUCCCGUCACAAAUCUUGUAUUUGUUCGUCGCCUUGCUCGUGAGAAUCCUAUCACUGUCGAAUUUGACGAUGUUGGCUUUUCUGUCAAGGAUGCCCGUACACGGAUGGUACCGUCCCUCCCCGCGCAGCUUUCGGCGCCUCCAGCGGCGCGGCUCGCCCCUGCCAUCACCAACGGCAGGCCACCCCCUUCGCUGAGUAGCGCCCUGGCCCCAUGCCCUGUGCCCUCUGGCCUGGCCGCCCCCUUCGGGGCCCCAGACGUCAUGGGUUCGGCCGCCCCCUCCAGCAGCGCCUCGGGUGAGGCCGCCUGA